UUGGAUCUCCCAUCAACAUACUCAGUAAUUACCCCAUUUACAAAACCAAAAACAUAGGUAUCCCAGAAAGCCAAAACAAUUUCUCCAAAUGUCCUAACAAGAAGUUCAAAGGUUUUUUCUCCUCAUGGUACUUGUACAAUCCUCAAAACUGUCUCUCCCUCCUUCUCUUCCGCCAACAAAAUCCAUUCUCUUUGAACCAAACUCUCUUUCUUUAGCCUUAAUGCACACUGAUUCCUCUGUUUCCCUCUUUCCUUGUCUCUCUUUUCCUUCCCCUCCUCUCCCACCAAAACCCCAAACUCUAGUUCCCUCUCCUUCCUCUUCCUCUUCUUUCCUUCUCAUCCACCGAGACCCUAUCCCUAAAGUCCUUUUUCUUGUUGCUAGCCCAUAUAAGGGUGGGUCCCAGAUUCUCUUAAGGUUCUAUCUCUUACAAAAAGACAACAUCUUCUGUAAGCCCCAAGUUGUUUGCAACCAAAAGGGUAUUGCUUUUGAUUCGAAACUUGGUGUUUUAUUAGAUAUAAAUCAUGGGGUUUCUAUAAAGAUUGUUGGUUCUGUUAAUUUUUUUGUGUUGCAUUCAGUUUCAAACAAGAAAGUCUGGGUCUUUGCAGUGAAACUUAUUGAUGAUGGUGAUGGUGAGAUGGUGAAAUUAAUGAGAUGUGUUCUUAUUGAGUGUAGCGUGCCUGUUUGGUCAAUUAGCGUUUCUUCUGGAGUCUUGAUUUUAGGGGAGGAUAAUGGGGUCAGGGUUUUUAAUUUGAGGCACUUGGUGAAAGGGAAGGUUAAGAAUGUCAAGGAUAUUAGUUCAAAUGGAAAGUCGGAUGGUAAAGGGUUGAAAUUGCCAAAUGGGGUUGUUGGGGAUGACUAUUUUCACGGUUCAAGCUCUGGGAAUGGUUGCAAUGGUGUACUGGAUAUGAAUAUUGAUAAGCAAUAUGUUUCUGUUAAGCUGAGAUCUGUAAGGUGCAGACAAGACUCUGGUGAAGGGGUUGCAUGUUUUGUGGCAUUUAAGAGGGAGGAGGUUGAGGUCUUGAAACCUACAACAUCAAAGGCUGUUUCCAUUCAGGCAUUGUCUCACAAAAAAUUUGUGAUUUUGGACUCUAUGGGAGAUUUACAUAUCUUGUGCCUGUCUGCACCUGUUAUUGGAUCAAAUUUCGUGGCUCACAUCAGGCGGUUGCCUCAUAGUAUGAAAGUGCAGAAGCUGGCUGUUCUUCCAGACAUUUCCUUGAAAAUGCAAACAUUUUGGGUAUCAGAUGGGCUUCAUUCUGUGCACACGAUUACUCUAUCUGACAUGGGUGCUGCUGUCGAUUCAAACAAUGAAGAUGAGACCCAGGAAAAGUUAAUUCAGAUCACAGUUAUUCAAGCAAUUUUUUCUGCUGAAAAGAUACAAGAUCUUAUACCUUUGGGUGCAAAUGGUAUUUUGAUUCUUGGACAAGGAAAUAUAUAUUCAUAUGCAAUCCCUUGAAGAUGCUUGGCACUUGGAAGUUAUCUAUCUUUUGGUGGAAAUCUAUGCUCCAGAUCACAAUAGAUAUUUGUUACAGUUAUAGUGGUUUCUGGAUCAUUGUAAUUAAACAUUAACUGCCAUGCGUUCUCUCUGAUUAUCGUGGCUUUUUCUUGUCCUUGUGUUGCUGUAGUCAUGAGCUGUAGUUGUUUCAUGUGUAUAUUGGUGCACAAGAACUCAAAGACACUGAGCUCGUGAAGAACCAACUUGUCCUGGAUCUUGAAGAUGGACUUCAUUCAACAACUGAAAGCCACAUCUGCUGCACAGCCAGCUACCAUGAGUUGUUUUGCCCUCCGUGGAGUUUACUUCAUGUCUUGCUCUGUUAGCUGAAGACCAAAUGAACAGUUUACCGAAUGUUAUGAAGAUUUGCUUCGCUUCUUGUUCUGUUGCAUGAUGAAACCUACUUUUAUGAAUUUUAGUAUCAACAUAUAUAUGGGGUGGGUUGCCUUUAAAGGCAUAUGGCUCGGUUUGUGCUUUUCCUUUUCCCUGAUUAUAAGUGUGAAUUCAAUUCUGUGGUUGUUUUCCGAUGAACCUUACAUUGGAUGAACAGUUUCUUACUAGAGAAAUAUGACAGUAGUUUCAAAGUCGUUGUCCA